AUGUGGAAAAAGUUGCAGGGUUGGAAGGAAAAGCUUCUUUCUUGGGCCAGAAAGGAGGUGCUCCUAAAAUCCGUGAUCCAAGCUAUUCCAACUUAUCUGAUGGGGGUCUAUAAAUUCCCUAGCUCUGUUAUUGAUAGAAUCGAAUCGGCUAUGGCAAGGUCUUUCUGGGGUCAAAAGGGUACUAGGAGGAAAAUUCACUGGAAAAGUUGGGCAUCUUUAUGUACUCCUAAGUGCUUAGGAGGCAUGGGUUUUCGAGAUUUAUCAGAUAUUAAUGAUGCUCUUCUUGGUAGGCAAGCGUGGAGGUUAGUUCAUAAAGAAAAUUCUCUACUUGGGAAGGUAAUGAAGGCAAAAUAUUACCCAAAUUGCUCUUUCUUGGAGUCAGCUCUUGGGUAUGGCGGAAGCUACUCAUGGAGGAGUAUAUGGAGUUCCAAAGCUUUAGUAAAAGAAGGGGUGACAUGGACUAUUGGUACGGGUUCUCUUGUGAAUGUUUGGAAGGAUCCUUGGCUCGCGGUUGAACAUGGCCGGUUUGUCACUUCGGUUGAGAUUAGUGAGAUUUCUUUGGUGAGUGACCUUAUUGAUUGGGAUAAGAUGGAAUGGAAUGUAGAUUUGAUCUCGGAAUGCUUCAAUGAGAGGGAUAAAAAAUGCAUUCUCUCCAUUCCCUUGAAUUGGAGAAAACCUCGUGACUCUCUUACUUGGGCUUUCUCAAACGAUGGUAUUUACUCUACCAAGACAUCAUAUAUGCUUGGAAAAGGAUGUAAUUUUGAGGAGUUUCAUCAAGCUUGGGUCUCUAUUUGGGGCAUAGAGGUGUCACCAAAGGUGAUUGAAACUAUUAAAUUAGAUGUUUUUAACAUAAUUACAACAAUUUAA